UAAUACUAGCCGUAAUUUUAACAACAACAGAGAACUCUGCAACAACGCAAAUUUAUUUUGACAGAGCUUAAAUGCAGUUGCAUUUUAUAUUUUCCACGAAUUUAAGAUAAUGAGAAUUUUCGACCUUUGUCUGCAUUGUUAAAAUUGUGAAAAUAACAAUCAAAUUGCAAGAAUCAAAACAAAAAAGGAAAAACGAAAAAAAUUGAUUAUUCAUCGAAAAUAUCUGCAACACAUCUAAAUAGGCGAUCUGAAAGUGGAAUUGUACGAAGAGCUAAGCUUGCGUUGAAGCUGGAAACUUUGUCGCUUUAGCAGUAUUGACAUCCAAACAAAAUGCCUAUUCUAUACAGCGUAAUAUCCCGGGGCAGCACAGUGCUUGCUAAAUAUGCGGAGUGUGUGGGAAACUUUGCCGAGGUCACCGAACAGAUAAUCUCUAAAAUCGCAAUGGAGAAUCACAAAUUGACCUAUUCGCAUGGCGAAUAUUUAAUACAUUAUAUAUGUGAAAAUCGCAUUAUCUAUAUGUGCAUUACAGACAACGAAUUUGAUCGUACACGGGCCUUUUUAUUCUUGGCUGACAUUAAGCAGAAGUUUAUACAUACUUAUGGAUUACAAGUGGCGACAGCUAUUGCAUAUGCAAUGAAUACGGAGUUUUCGAAAGUGCUGGCGGAACAAAUGACACAUUUCAGUCAAUCGCGAGAAGUGGAUAUGAUUUCGCGAGUGCAUGGGCAAAUUGACGAGUUGAAAGAUAUCAUGGUGAAAAAUAUAGACAGUCUACGCGAUCGAGGUGAAAGAUUGGAAUUACUUGUGAACAAAACGGAAAAUCUUAGCAAUAAUUCUGUUGCAUUCCGCAAAGCUUCUCGCAAUUUGGCACGGCAAAUGUUCUGGAAAAAGGUUCGCCUCUAUGUCGUGGUGGUGUUAAUUAUAAUAUUUAUAAUCUAUGUGAUUAUAAGUAUGUUCUGCGGUGGUCUGGCAUGGCAGAGUUGUGUUGCCAACUAAAAGUGCUUCAUUAAAGUUUUCCAUGCAAAUUUAUGCUAAAUACACCAAUACGUAUUUACAUUUUCAAUAUCACAUAUGUAUUUAUAGUCAACUAAAAUCUUGGUUUUUACGUCAUAUUAUUUUUUUUUCAUCUUUAUUUAUGUAUAUGCAUGCAAAUAUGUAUUUAAAAUUUCGAAGAAUAAUAACCUUUUUAUAUGUACGUUGUCUGGAGCAACGCGCAGAUCGUUGUACGAGACGGGUCAUUGAUAAAGUACAGCGUAUGAAAAUAAUCAAUAUUUCUUGAUUUAAAAUGCACACAAAAUAAGAGAAUAUAUAUAUUUUUUGUACAUACACAUGUAAAAGAGUAUGUAUGUGCUAAUAAAAAAAGUUAAAUAUUAAAUAAAGCAAAGCUAAAAAUUUAAAUAUAAAAUUAUGAAAAUAAUCGCUGGAAUUCGAUAUUUUAUUAAAUAUAUAUUUACAUACACUGUAAAAGCAAAACAAAUUAUAAUGCCAAAUUAAAUUGUUUAACGAGUUAUAUAAGAUAUAUAUAUAUAUAUAUUAAAUAUGUGUAUGAAAGACAAUAUGCAAGAUAAAUAUCAGCUCAUUUUUGUACGCCAACGUAAAUAACAUCACCACGUUUUAUUUUCCCUGCCUGACGUAGGCCUAAAUGUAUGCCCAACACGGGACUUGGAUUAUCCCCAACGCAGCGAUAACUGAAAUUAAGAGAAUUACUUAUAUUUACUAAAUAAGUGAAAAAUAUUUGAGAAUGCAAUUUACGUUUUUAGUGUCUUCAAAGGAUUAUUCUCUGCAUCGCGCUCACCAGUCUCCGGAUUUAUAUUGGGUAAAAUGCAGCGACGGCAUGGCGCCACCUUACGAAACACCGCUUCACUACCGACUUUAAUCCAGUCGUAAGCGUCUUCCACAUAUGGCUCGCUAUUAUCCAUUUUUAAGUAGAAAUCUCCACGAAAC